AAUGUUGUUUCUGUCUGGUCGGAUCCAGCACAUGUUCGGUACGUUGCUGUGGAGCAACAAAUGCAUCUCACUAGGGUCGUCUUGGCUAUGGGUCGUUGGCUUAACGAGUUUGAUAUGGAGAAUAAAAAAGAAGUUUGGCAAAAGCUCUUCGAUACGGCUAUCCAAGGUGUGGAACAACGUUUGGCCAAUCCAGACGCCGUGAUACGACAGUCGGGGAUGUUUGUUGGAGAAACGUUUUCAUUGUGGAUGGGAGGUGAACGUCUUGAGUUUGAGUAUCAAAGUGACAACUGGUUGGAUGAAAUGCGAAGUAUACGAGAUGGAACUAACACUGAGGCUGUCGCUGCAGAGAAUUUGCCCCCAGACGAGCCUGUCCUAGAAAAGGUUGACAUGCAGCUUCCUACAUCGUCCAGCUCUGUGGCCAAUUCCCAGCCUUAUGAUAGCGAUGACGAAGAAGAUUUCAAGCCAUACGACAUUCCAGAAAGCGAAAGAAAUGUUGAAAUACUACCGGCUGAUGCUGAACCUGAACGUAGCGCUCCUCCUCCCAAUUAUAUAAGAGAUUGCAUGGAGCAGUUGGACGAGAAGGAAAAAUACGAAGUAUUCGAAGCGGCAUUCUUUGCUUUGAAUGAUAUGAUACGAAGAAAAGCCGUUGGCUUUGUUGAUAUAGCUGAUCGGUUGGCUAAAAAUCUGGUUUUCCUAGAAGAUAAGUUUUCCACAAAAAAGUUUGAGGAAAUCCGUAAGCAGUGCCUCAUUUCGUGUCUGGUAAUGCGGCCAGAGCUCGCUCCUAAGCUGGGAGAGCUUGUCUUCUCACGGAAUUGCUCUUUCUUCCAUCGGUACAUGAUUCUGGAGUGCUUCCUUGCCGCAGCGAAAGAGCUAUCAGAGUUUCAGAAAGAGCCAACAAGGAAGGUUAUUGAGGUGCCAAAAGAAGAAAAAGAAGAGGUAAAUUUCUGGUUCUAA